CAGUUCAAUUUCUGCCUAUUAAGAUGGUUUCAAUUUUAAAACGAGUACUUUUACUUGUGCUGCUGAUCCAUGUGGUGCUUCCACCCAUUGCAAUGGGAACUGAACUUAAGCUCCUUGGCGGUUUGGUUGAAAAUCUAACUGGAAAUGUUGUCAACGCGCUUGUUUGUCUAGAGAACAGCUCAUUGAAACUUUUGCUAACCUUGCUCCAUGACCUUUCACUUCCCAAUUUAGAACAACUUUUGCGUGGCGUCCUUGGUCCAGUUGUGGAUAAUAUUAAUGCUAUAUUGUUACAAAUUUUAAAUGCUGUAAAUGCAAUAGCUUUGUAGUGCAACUCAUAUGUCAAUAUCAACUCUAAAGCAUGUACAGUAAAAGUCCAAAUAUAAUUUUUUAUUGUUUGGAAACUUGUUCUGAA